GCGUGGCGAGCUCUGAACCGCCAUGCCCAAACCGCAUUCAAGUAAAUAUUUGCGUAUGCGACGAAUCCAAUUAUAAGCAUAGUUUGUUUCUCUGUCUCUACCGCCUUCCUUUGGUUCUCAAUCAUCUCCACUCUAUAUCAAGACUAGAGAGAGACUUUAUCUACUCAAACUCUCUCUCUCUCUCUCUGCGAUUUGAAGGGUUAGGGUUUCAUCGCACCUCUAAUCCUCAGAUUAUAGCUCGAGGAACAGAUUUUUAGUGGAGAUGACGAUGAGCCAGAUGAAGACCAUAGAGUUGGAGGAGGGAUGGGAAUUCAUGCAAAAGGGAAUCACAAAACUAAAAACAAUUUUGGAAGGGCAUCCAGAGCCGCAAUUCAGCUCAGAGGAGUACAUGAUGCUCUAUACUACCAUCUAUAACAUGUGCACUCAGAAACCUCCUCAUGAUUAUUCUCAGCAGCUUUAUGAACAAUACAAGGAAUCAUUUGAUGACUACAUCCAUUCAUUGGUAUUGCCAUCGUUAAGAGAGAAGCAUGACGAGUUUAUGUUGAGGGAACUUGUGAAAAGAUGGGCAAAUCAUAAAGUUAUGGUUAGGUGGCUUUCACGAUUUUUCCAUUAUCUUGAUCGCUAUUUCAUCGCUCGAAGGUCACUUCCUGCACUUAAUGAAGUCGGACUCACAUGCUUCCGCGAUCUGGUAUACCAGGAGUUGAACAAUAAAGUCAGAGAUGCUGUUAUCACUCUGAUUGAUCAAGAACGCGAGGGAGAGCAGAUUGACAGAGCUUUGCUGAAGAAUGUCCUAGAUAUAUUCGUUGAAAUUGGAAUGGGACAAAUGGACUGCUAUGAAAAUGACUUUGAGGAAUACAUGCUUAAAGGCUCUGCUGCUUAUUAUUCACGAAAAGCAUCAAAUUGGAUUGUGGAAGAUUCUUGUCCAGAUUACUUGUUGAAGGCUGAAGAAUGCUUGAAAAAGGAGAAGGAUAGAGUAUCUCAUUAUUUGCACUCAAGCAGUGAGACAAAGCUUUUAGAGAGAGUGCAAAGUGAGUUGUUGGUAGUAUAUACCAGUCAAUUGCUUGAAAAGGAGCAUUCUGGAUGCCGUGCAUUGCUGAGAGAUGAUAAGGUUGAGGAUCUCUCUCGCAUGUAUAGGCUCUUUGUUAAGAUUCCUAAAGGAUUGGAUCCGGUUGCUAAUAUAUUCAAACAGCAUGUUACUACUGAAGGGACAUCCUUGGUCCAACAGGCAGAAGAUGCAGCAAGUAAUAGGGCUGAUAAUGUCGGUGGUCCGCAGGAGCAGGUUUUUGUCAGAAAAGUUAUUGAGCUACAUGACAAGUAUAUGGCCUAUGUGAAUGAUUGUUUUGCAAACCACUCUCUCUUUCACAAGGCCUUGAAAGAGGCUUUUGAGGUAUUUUGCAACAAGGUUGUUGCAGGGUGCUCAAGUGCCGAGCUGCUGGCUUCAUAUUGUGAUAAUAUCCUUAAGAAGGGCGGGAGUGAGAAAUUGAGUGAUGAAGCCAUUGAGGAAACACUAGAUAAGGUGGUCAAGCUCCUUGCAUAUAUCAGCGACAAAGACCUUUUUGCUGAAUUUUACAGGAAAAAGCUCUCACGACGACUGCUUUUUGACAAGAGUGCUAAUGAAGAUCAUGAAAGACUUAUCCUGACAAAAUUAAAGCAGCAGUGUGGUGGACAGUUUACAUCAAAGAUGGAGGGGAUGGUCACAGAUUUGACGUUAGCGAAGGAUAACCAGAACAACUUUCAGGACUAUCUUAGCAACAACCCAAUUGCCAAUCCUGGGAUUGAUUUGACUGUUACUGUUCUCACGACUGGAUUCUGGCCGAGUUAUAAAUCCUCUGAUCUCAGCCUUCCUGCAGAGAUGGUGAAGUGUGUGGAAGUUUUCAAGGAAUUUUAUCAAACAAAAACAAAACAUAGAAAACUUACAUGGAUAUACUCGCUGGGGACUUGCAACAUAAAUAGCAAAUUUGACCAAAAACCUAUAGAACUGAUUGUGGGAACCUAUCAGGCGGCAGCCCUUCUUCUAUUCAAUGCUUCAGAUAGACUGAGUUACUCAGAUAUCAAGACUCAGUUAAACUUGGCUGAUGAAGAUUUAGUUAGAUUGCUCCAGUCUCUCUCAUGCGCCAAGUACAAGAUUCUGAUUAAGGAGCCCAACACUAGAACUGUUUCUCCAACUGACAAUUUUGAGUUUAAUUCCAAGUUCACUGACAGGAUGAGGAGGAUUAGGAUUCCUCUCCCACCGGUGGAUGAAAGGAAGAAGGUAGUCGAAGAUGUUGACAAGGACAGACGUUAUGCUAUUGAUGCCUCGAUUGUGCGCAUAAUGAAGAGUCGGAAAGUUCUGGGUCAUCAACAGCUAGUUAUGGAGUGUGUUGAGCAGCUAAGCCGCAUGUUCAAGCCUGAUUUUAAGGCAAUCAAGAAGCGGAUUGAAGAUUUGAUAACACGGGAUUAUUUGGAAAGAGACAAGGAGAAUCCAAACUUGUUCAAGUACUUGGCCUGAUGAGGCAUACUAGUAGAUCUUCAACUCCAAGCGAUGGCAUCUACAUGAAGUGAAAUGUACUACGAACUGCCAUGUUUCAUGUUUUUAGUUUGGUGGCGUCUUCAAGCUGGUGGUCGGGGUUUGGAGGUGCCUACUCCAAUUCUUUUACUUAUACCUUUAUAUAGCCAGUUUUGUGCAGUUAACUAAUAUCAUUACCUUUAUUUUAAGGGCAUUAGAAAGUUGAUUGCUAGCUGCAUUAUGGCACUAUGGCCAUGCUACAUCUUCAAACUUAAUUUACCGCAAUGCCCGACUUUCUUGCCUCCUCCUUAUUGAUAUUAAUUGCUUAAGAUUUUAGAAAAAAGAAUUUGCAAUUUACCAUUUUGUACUUACUUUCAUCUCUCCGAUUAUUGCUGCUGCC